AUCUAUUUUCUAACAAUAAUUUGUUCUCUAAUGAUAAUUUUGAUAUAAUGGAUAUCAAUUAUAAUCAAGAGAAUAAUUUUGAACAUUCAAACUGUAAUUCAAGUAUAACAGAAAAUUCUAAAAAACGUUUACGGGAAAAAGAAAACAUUGAAGAUCGAAGAGAUUCCAAACGAAAAAGAUACGAAAACUUAAAAAAUAAACCAAAUUCAUACGCACCAUAUAGUUUAUGUUGGCAUUCUAAUCCUAUUCAAAGAUCAACAAUACGAAAAAUCCAUCAAAUGAAUUUAAAAA